AGGAGGAGGAGAACUUCGACUACGAUAGGCGUCUUGUCGGAAUUACGCUGGAAAAGCCCAACAUCACAGGACGUCGUCUUUCACAGGAGGAUCUCCUUGACGAGUUCGACGACGACGACGAUGCUGGAUCCGUAUUUUUCUGGGACUUAGAUGAGGUCCAGAACGUCGCAGAGAAGGCAUCAAUUCACAUCGCGCAGCAUGUCGACGACGGGGAGAACUUGAAAUUUGAUACGUUCCCAGAUUUCGCUGAUUUGUGUUACGCAGAACAGAUUGAGGAUGUCAUGUUUGGAGUUCACCUCUACCAGAAAUUCAACACAUUGUACGAUUCAAUGACAGGAAGGGCAGGUACAUUCUUAGGUAUUUCAUUUACCGUGAUUAUUGGUGGAUUGCUUUAUUACAUAUACUACCUUCUCUUCAUCAGGGGGGUUCAGUACCGCUUGAAUUUCCUAGAGCCUGGCAAUCUGAUACUGUUCAUGGCGAACGUGCUGUACAUCCCUUAUGCAAUGAAGACUGGGAAAUUGGCGUUCACGGGCAUGGAGCAGGUAGAUGAUGAAGAGGAUUCACAGCGCUUUGCGAGAGCACGGCAGGGCGUGCAUUUGUACGGAGGGAAACUGGGUCAGCGGGAUUCGCAGUUUUUGCUCCCAGGUUAAGUAAACAUGUUAGUUCACAUUGAUGUUGGUGUGUAGUGUUGCAUAAGUCAAGCUCGGCUGAUCUGUUUUCUUCGCCC